AUGAGAAAGAGGCUCAGUAGGAAAACCUUUGACAUGAUACAAGAAAUCUCAGAAAGUGAAAACAAAGAGGAUUACAAGAAAUUUUGGGAGAACUUCGGUAGAUUCCUUAAAUUGGGUUGUAUCGAAGACACCGGUAACCACAAGCGUAUUACACCGCUUCUUAGAUUCUUCAGUUCCAAGAAUGAAGAGGAAUUGACAAGCUUGGAUGAAUAUAUCGAGAACAUGGGAGAGAACCAAAAGGCGAUCUACUACCUUGCAACCGAUAGUCUAAAGAGUGCAAAGUCUGCCUCUUUCUUGGAGAAACUAAUCCAAAAAGACAUUGAGGUUUUGUACUUGGUUGAACCAAUUGAUGAGGUUGCAAUUCAGAAUUUACAAACCAAAGAAAAGAAGUUUGUUGAUAUCAGCAAAGAAACGCGGAGAUGA